UGUCUCCCACUCACUCACUACGAAUACCUAGGUGAUCUUCAGCACUCCGGCAGCAUGGUUCCGAAACGAGAAGUGAUAGUCAAUCUUCAAAACUCCGUUUUGUCACGCAUUUCGGCCAUGGUUCUGACUGAUAGCCAGGAAUACUCAAGGGCUCUGCUAAAAACGUUGAUGGCUAUCAAUAUCAACUACCCUCACAUGAAGAAGGACAUACUAGCCGAACUCGAAUCGUUGUGCGUUGAAAGCAUUCCUCAUUGCGCUCGUGCUCUGAUGUUGACGGCCGAAUAUCUGGCCAUACGUGCUCGUGGACGAGGUGGACUACGGAGCGGUCCUGCCGCGAAUCCAGCCUUCACUCAUAUUUUCGAAUCGAUGAAAAAAGACCCGAACGGCAAUCAUAUACACGACUUAUUUCACGCAGUUAGAGAGAAAUGGCUUCGAAGCGAAACAGAAACGAUAAGAGCUGCACGUCAUUUGGAAGCUGCUGCGCAGAUCUAUACACAGCACGAAGUGGAGAAGAUUUGCCGGAAGCAUUUCGCUGCUAUACCGAAUGGAUCAAAGGAUACUAUCCCACAGAGCGUCACAGUGGAAGCUGCGGCUAGGGUUGAUCUUUUCGGUGGUUGGUUGGAUACUCCACCCAUUACCUUGUACGCCAAACCUUCAGCUGUCGUGAAUAUGGCAAUACUUGUAGAUGGGAAGAAACCAAUAGCAUGUCAUAUACGACAUAGUCCCGAUGCUGGCAUUACCGUACGAUGUGGGGAUACGGUAGUAUUACUCUCAUCGUCCCAAGAUAUAUACGAGUCAUAUAACAAGCCGGGUAAUCCAGGGGCACUGGUGUGUGCCUGCCUCAUAUGUGUAGGUAUACCAAGUGGACCCGAAGACGACCUUUCCGAGACACUUGAGAAGCGAUUUAGUACCACGGGCUUGGAGAUCGAGUGCACUUCUUGCCUACCACAUGGAUCCGGACUCGGGACAUCAUCGAUACUAGCCGCAGCUAUUAUUCAAGCGCUAGGAUUAGCGAGUGGGUUCCAGUAUUCGGAAAAGAGCAUCUGUCAUGCUGUACUAAUGGUAGAACAGCUGUUGACUACAGGCGGUGGAUGGCAGGAUCAAGUUGGCUGUCUCUAUCCAGGAAUCAAGAAAGGUUUCUUCAACAAGACUGAUGAUAGUGUAGACGUGGAGAAAAUCAAUAUCAAAGAGGAGUUUGAGAAAGAAAUUAAUAGUCGCAUGGUGCUCAUAUAUACCGGAAAAACCAGAUUAGCCAAAAACCUUCUUCAGGAAGUCGUUCGUGGGUGGUUUUCUGGAGGGCCUAUUCGAGACGUGAUUGCUUCGCUAGAAAGUAACGUUGUUCAGUUCGUCGACAGCAUAAAAGAAGGUAUGUAG